ACGCCGCUAACCUCUGAUGCGAGGAGGGUCCCAUCCAAGACAAACAGCCCGUGUUUACUUAGCGACAGGAGCCAAGCCGGAAAGCCAUCGUAUAAGUACCCGGCGGCUCAGCCGCGCCGCAGUGCCGCAGCCCGAGGGAACGAUGCCACAGUACGACACCGGCUCGCUGGCGUGGGACGGCCCGCGGGGGCAGGUCAGCUCCGCGGCGGCCGGCGGAGCCUUCCCGAAGAGGGUGAAGGUGGUGGAGGUCGGACCGCGCGAUGGGCUCCAGAAUGAGAAGAACGUUGUGCCAACGCCAGUGAAAAUCAAUUUGAUCAAUAUGCUGUCAGAGACAGGGCUUCAGGUGAUAGAGGCCACCAGCUUUGUUUCCCCUAAGUGGGUUCCUCAGAUGGCUGACCACACAGAAGUCAUGCAAGGAAUCACCAAGCUGCCAGGGGUCAGCUACCCUGUGCUGACCCCCAACCUGAAGGGCUUCCAGGCAGCGGUGGCAGCAGGGGCCCAGGAGGUGUCCAUCUUUGGAGCAGCAUCUGAGCUCUUCACUAAGAAGAACAUCAACUGUUCCAUCGAGGAGAGCUUGGAGAGGUUUGAUGAAGUGAUGACAGCAGCCAGGGCAGCCAGCAUCCCUGUCAGGGGGUAUGUUUCCUGUGUCCUUGGGUGCCCCUAUGAAGGCAAGAUUUCUCCAGCUAAAGUUGCAGAGGUCUCAAAGAAGAUGUACUCCAUGGGCUGCUAUGAGAUCUCCCUGGGUGACACCAUUGGCAUUGGCACCCCGGGGAGCAUGAAGGAGAUGCUGACAGCAGUCAUGAAGGAGGUGCCAGUUGGGGCUCUUGCUGUUCACUGCCAUGACACCUAUGGGCAAGCUCUUGCCAACAUCCUGGUGGCACUUCAGAUGGGUGUCAGCGUGGUUGAUGCUUCUGUAGCUGGCCUGGGAGGCUGCCCCUACGCCCAGGGAGCAUCAGGAAACGUUGCCACAGAGGACUUGGUGUACAUGCUGAAUGGCCUGGGCAUCCAAACGGGUGUGGAUCUGCAGAAGCUGAUGGACACAGGCACAUUCAUUUGCAAUGCUCUCAACAGAAGAACCAAUUCCAAAGUGUCCCAGGCAUGCUGCAGACUGUGAUGUGGAACUGAGUUUCUCCCUGGAUCAAGAAGCAAGCAAGGGUCAGGCAUUGGCUGGGUUUCCUCUCUGCUCUGCUGCCUUCAGUGCUCCCCCAGGCUCAGCACUU